UGAAAUCAUUUUCGUGGCUAUAAAAGACGAACGCCAAAUUCAUAGGACAUUAGAAACAGUGAAGUUAUCCGCUCUCUAAAAUGAAGUUCGUGAUCGCUCUCGCUGUGCUGGCCGUCGUCGCCGCUCGUCCCGGCGAAUUCUAUGAUGACAAAUACGACAACUUUAACGUCGACGAGGUAAUAGAAAACAAGAGGCUCCUCAAAGCAUACACCCUUUGCUUCCUUGACGAAGGCAAAUGCACUCCCGAAGGCCAAGAUAUCAAGAAAUGGAUUCCCGAUGGUACAACGUCCUCUUGCAGCAAAUGUACGGAGAAACAGAAGCCUAUGGUGGCCAAGUUCAUCAGGGCUAUGAUAGCCCAGUUGCCUGAUGAAUGGGGAAGGUUGAACAAGAAGGUUGACCCUGAACAGAAAUACCAGGACACUCUGAAAGAGUUCUUGGAGAAGCACGCACCGAAGUGAUUAUUGAAAAAUAUAUAAUACUAAUGUUUAGGUUUUAUGGUAUUCAAAUAUAUGGUGCUAUGCAGACAAUAGUAAUUUCAAAUACAUAUUUCAAUAACGAAUUUUUACACUCAAAAUGUUCCUAAACUACCUAUAUUUAUUUUACAGAAAUAUUUACAUACCCCUGUAUAGAUUUUCAAAUAAAUUAUUGAAAUA